AUGAGCUACUACGACCCCUACCACCCGCUGUACAUGGCCCAGCCGUACUUUGGGUACAUGGACGAAGGGGAGUAUCUAGCUCCGGAGCCCCCCGCGCCCUUCGACCAGCGGCCAGCGGUGGGGUACGCCGGCUACGACAGCUACGGCGGCUACGACAAGUACGCCCUCGACGCUGACCCGGGGGCGCCCACGCCGUCGUACCCGGUGCCCCAGCAGCCGGCAAUGGCGGUGACCCACAACUUGCCUGCAAUGGGCCCGGCCCAACCCCAGCACCACCACAAACCGCACACCCGCCGCCCCAGCUACCCCCGCCAGCAGCAGCAGCCUCAGUCCUACGCCAAUACCUACGGCAGCUACCCUCAAGCCCGCCAACACCAACCCCACCAGGGACACCAAGGCCCCUCGCAAUCGCCGCUGGACGUCUCCACCCGCACCUCAUCGGCACUGCCCCCGGGCCACGCCGCUCCUUCACGCACCGUGUACCUUGGUAACAUCCCUGGCGACAUCCCUCCGAACGAGUUGCUUGAUUACGUGCGGCUGGGUAUCUUGGAGCUGGUGAAGAUCUUACCCCAGAAGAACUGUGCCUUCAUCCUGUUUGUGGAUCCCCAGCUGGCGCUUUUGUUCCACAGCGACUGCAUCCUCAAAAAGCUUUCGAUCAAAGGCCACGACAUCCGCGUGGGGUGGGGUAAGAAUCAGCAGAUGUUGCCGGCGGUGUUGGAGGCGAUCCAACGCGACGGCGCCACCCGUAACGUCUACUUGGGCAACUUAACCAAUCCCCACACCGGCGAAAUGAUCACCGAAGACGAGUUGCGCGCCGACUUGCUGUGUUUUGGUGUUAUUGAUUGCAUCAAAAUCAUCCCCGAGAAGGGCAUCGCGUUCAUCCACUUUUUGCUGAUUUUGCUGGCGAUCCGCUGUGUGGCCAACUUGCCGCUCAAGGACAAAUACUUAGACAAAAAGUGCUUCUACGGCAAGGACCGUUGUGCUUUCAUCACCAAGACCCAGCAACACAACGCCGCCCAGUACCUCGGGUUGGCGCCGGGAAUGGAGCACAUUGUCACUGCCGCUGACCGCGAAUAUAUCAGCAGCGCCUUGGUGCAGCAGCAGGCAGCAGCAGCUCAGAUCGCCACCCAGGCUGGGGGUGCUAGCAACUUGGGCAACCGUACCGUGUAUUUGGGAAACUUGCACCAGGACUCGCUGGUGGAGGAGAUCUGUAAUGUGGUGCGUGGGGGGCUUUUGCAGCUGAUCCGGUUCCUCAAGGAGCGCCACGUCUGCUUCAUCACCUUCGUUGACCCCAUCGCUGCCGCUCAAUUUUACGCCAUGUGCCAAUUGCAUGGUCUCACCAUUCACAACCGUCGCAUCAAAGUCGGGUGGGGCAAACACCUGGGACCGUUAUCGAACGCGUUGCUGUUGGCAGUGUCCAACGGCGCCUCGCGUAACAUCUACAUUGGUAACAUCCAAGACUUCAAUCACUUCAACCUGCAAAAAUUACGUGACGAUUUUGCCAUGUUUGGCGACAUCGAACAAAUUAAUUACCUCGAGGAAAAGAAUUGUGCCUUCAUUAAUUUCGUCAACAUCGCCAAUGCGAUCAAAGCCAUCGAUGGCAUCAAACUGUUCCCCGAUUACAAAAACCUCAAAAUUAACUUCGGCAAAGACCGAUGCGGCAACUUGCCCCGCCAAUUCCAAUCUCAAGCCGCUGCUGGGGCAUCCGCUGUUGGUGGCGCCCAGGUGUCCACCAUGGUGGGAGCUCUUAAUGGUGCUGCCGACCCUUCGGGGGACAACGCGGCAAACUUUGGCGUGGGCAAUGCUGCCCUCUGCGGCAACGCUGAUCGUCUCUGA